UUAUUUACUCAGUGCUUGAAUACAAUUUUAAAAAUGUUUUAAAUGCGUUUACCUGCAUUGUAAAACAUGUAUCUUUAAGCAACAAUAACAGCUGACAACAAUGUUAAAUAUUGGCAAAAUGGCAGAUGGUAGCAGCAUCAAGACAGAAGCUCUGGACUGCAAUGCCACCACAGAAUUUGCAGCCGAGCAAUUAAACUGGCAACUGGCGCAGAGCAGCGCUUCGACGGUUGGCAUCAAGAUUGAGCAGGAGCAUCCGGACGUAGUCUGGCAGAGCAGUGAGGCAAUGGCCAAUUGGCAAGCGCCAAGGGAACAGCUGGACACUGGCUCUGAGGAAACAGAGUAUAUAUCCGAAUACGAUAUGGACCUGGAUGAUUCAGUUCGAAAACGAAAAUUUACGCCCUUGCAGCGCCUUGGCAGGAGAAGUGCCGAAAAUGUAUCAGCAAAACGUAAAAAACAGAUGAAAUUGCCGGAGAUAUUUCGAUUUUUUGGCAAUAUUGAGAGAGUACAGGAGUCGAGUGCCAAACCGGGUGCAAUAAGUGCUACCUGCAACGCGUGUCACAGUCGCAUCAAGGGCUUCGUCACGGUUACAUCAAAUUUCAUAAAGCAUUUGCGUCUGAAGCACACGGAUAUCCAUGCGGCAUUCAUAGGAGCCAAGCAGAGCGGCAUUACCGAACCGCCAGAAGUACAAGGAACCGAAUCGUUCGAUCAUAGAGUCAUGUGCUAUAUAAUAGACACGGCGUCGCCGCUGUCAAUCGUCGAAACGGAUAGUUUUCGCAAUUUGUUUAAGGGCACCAAUUUGCGGCUCAUUGGUCGCUCCAAGCUGGAAAUGCGUCUGGAUGCGCGCUUUUCGCAGAUUGUCAACAGCAUUAAAAAUGUGAUUGCAACAAACAAAUAUGUAUGCACAUCCGCCGAUAUCUGGCCAACUAGAGACUGCAGCUUUUUUGGGUAUACCUGCCACUGGCUGGAUCACAAGUAUCAAAGGCAUUCAGUUGCUUUAGCCUGCCGAAGAUUCUCGGGUGAUUAUGCUCAGAUCUUGGAAAUGAUAAGCAGCAUUAACAACGAUUACGAGCUGAACAAUCUGAAGAUUGUGGCCACAGUAACGCACAAUUGCUCAGAUUUCUCAAGAGCCAUUCAUGAGUUCGGCAUCAAUAGCAAAGAUAUAAGAAAAGAAUAUGCGCAUGAGUAUGAAAGCGAUUGUGAGUCUAAUGCGAACUCCAUGGAAUUAACGUGCAAUGUUUUACCAAAUCAUAUUCGAUGCGCAAGCCAUACGCUAAAUGUCCUAGCAUCUGCAGAUUUUGUGCAGCUCCUCUCCAUGGACAAGUCCUUGAAGGAGCGACAUUCUAGGAUUUUUGCAAAGUGCAGUUUGUUGUGGCGUAAAUGCGAUUGCCCCAAGUCGGCAGAGACUAUCGCAGCAGUAUUAGGCGAAGCUUUAAUUAUCCCCACAAUAACUCGCUGGAAUUCCAUAUAUGAUGCCGUUUGCUGCAUAUUGUCGCAUAAGGAAAAACUGGCCGAGCUCUGCAGCAAAUUGUCUUUGCACAACUCGUGCUUCUCGGCAAGCGAUAUACAAUAUCUGGAGGAAUUUCGCAUACUAAUGGGUCCCAUUGCAACGACCAUUGAGUUCUUGCGAAUGGAGAACAAUUUGUUUUAUGGCUGUCUCAUACCUGCCUUGACGUCCCUUUGCGUUAAGCUAAAGAGAGUGUCGGAUUCCUCCGAGCUCAUCGAUCUGAAAAUUGUGGCGCUUGAGCUACAGCUAAAAUUAAAGGAACGUUUUGCCAGAUAUGUUCACCUCGCUGAGGAUGCGAACAGUGCAAUUAUAGCAUCAGUGCUAUGCCCAAGCAUUAAAAUGCGUUGGUUCAAUGCCCUAGCCAAGGUCUCUGUCCACGAACGCAGCGCUGACGACAUACAUAAAAUAGUUAUUGCCGAGGCCGUGCGGCAUGCCAAAGCCACAGAGAAUGCUUAUCAAAGUGCGCUGGAAUCAGCAUACCCAAAGGAAAAGGACGAUUUCUAUGAAUUCGAUGAAACUGAUGAUGGCUGCGAGACAAGCGAUUUGGAUAUGUCGCAGCCGUCGCCGUUGCCGGCGGCGACAAAGCUUAUGGAUGAUGCUGAGGCACAGUUCCAUAGUUAUCUACGGGAUGCGGGCACAACAUUCGAGAUACUGGAAAAGUAUCCUCUGCUCCAGGACCUGGCGCUAAAGUAUAAUACGCCCUUAACUUCAUCAGCGCCAGUUGAACGCGUCUUAUCACUGGUGCACAGAUAUUUAAGACGAUCUGAUCCCGCCGAUUACCCAAUAGAGAAACUAGUUUUACUAAAGGCAAAUAGUAGUUUUUAAAUAGUGCAAAGCGUUAUUGAUAUAAUUAGGAAAUGUACAUAAUAAUUAGCUUAUAUAUAGUUUGUAUAUAAAUGCAUGUUUUUCCAUUUCGUAUAGCAUAU